UGCCGCUGCAGACGGCAAACGGACGUGUGUGAAAUAUUACUCCAGAAAUGCAUUUCGGAACGCAGCAGCCGCAUUUUGACUUUGACGUGUUGUCUUAGGUUAGGUUAGGUCAAGUUAGGUUAUCUCACAUUUGUAAUCGCGGCGGAAAAAGUUCUCUAUUCGCGAUCGUGAUCAUGAGUUGUAUAUUCAAGCAAUACAAAUGGAAUUCACGGGUCAGUUCAGUGUUGAAUAAAGAUGUUAAAACUUAUGGGAAAAAGUAUAUUUUUGACGACUCGGAAGAAACGUGCUGGAAUUCUGAUCAGGGUUCUCCACAGUGGAUAAUGGUCGAAUUUGAAAAUGAAAUUGAGUUAGCCUCGUUUGAAAUUCAGUUUCAAGGCGGAUUCGUUGGUAAAGAUUGUCGUUUAGAAGCUGGAUCUGAUUACCAAAGCCUGAAGCCUGUAGAGCCUUUCUAUCCCGAAGAUAUUAAUUCUGCUCAAAAGUUUCGACUUACUGAUAAAGUAAGAGCUAAAACUUUUAAAUUACUUUUUGGAAAUAGUACAGAUUUUUUCGGACGUAUUAUUGUGUACAAAAUGUCAUUUUACUCGUGACGAUUGUAAGUGUAGAAAAUAAUUACAUGAAUCUUGAAAAUGA